AUGUCAAUCCAAGACCUGGAAGGGAAGUCACCGACACAGCCACAGUCAGGGUCACGCCCAACAGGAUCUGCCCAGCCAGAACCAGAGCCAGAAGAACCAAAGGUGGAUGUCUUGACUGCACUGGCAGUUGACAAGGAGAAGGUUGAAUCAUCACCAUCACAGUCUGUCCUCCAGGGCUCUGCCAGAUAA